UUAUAUAAUCCAAUUUAAAUGUCCUAAUCUUGUAGUGAAAAAAGUUGACAACAAUUAUGUCUAUCAAAUUAAUUUUAGUAAUUAAUUUAUUAUAUAUUGUUUGUCAUGUUUUAUGUGUACAAUUGACGUGCAAUAAGAGCUCCGAGAGGACGGCCGACACAAUGUUUGGACAUAUGGUUGGGUACGGAAACAAUAGCCGACGUUUUCCCGAAAACGAUGAUGAAAUGCAAAAAUAUUGCAGCGCACAGUUAGCCGACCUAAAGGUUCUGGAAAACUAUACGAAACGUUGCAAAAAGGGUUUACCGAAACAGUUUUUCGCUAUUAUGAUGUAUACACUUAAAAGUAAUGUCAACCGUAUGUGUAAACGAAACUCGAAAAAAGGUAUGGAGUUUAUGGUCGGAUCCAAAUGUUUCAAUAAAGCAACGUUUGAAUUGGAAAAAUGUCAUAACGUUUUCAUCGAUCACUUGCAGGGAGUCUUGACUGUGGACGACAAGCUUAAGAUACCGCAUACCUGUUGUGAAUAUUACAGUUUCAGACAGUGUUUGACCGAAAGGGCCAAAAAUGUGGACAUUUGUGGUGAUAAAGAUUUACAGACAUUGGAUGAGUUCGUGGAGUCGACCACUUCUAAUGCACUCAAUUUCUUUUGCGGCGAUUAUGCCGACGAUAGCGACAAAUGUGAUAAAUUGGGAAAACCGCCCAAAAAGAGGUCAAAUCUCAAGAGAACUAAAUCGAUAUCUAUUACUAUCGCUGAGAUAUUUCAAAGCUUUCCCGAACAAUGA